AGUGCUGGGGGCAGCUGUCGAUCCGAGCUGAAGCUUGCCUGGACCUCCUCUCACUUCAUUGUGGGGUGACCUCACCAUUAGGUUCAUCUUGCAUCUCAUCGUGGAAGUUUGUGCUUUAGUGUUGAGUCCUCAGAUCACUGCUCCCUAUAUCUAUAGCUGCGCAAAACGAAGCGCCCUAAAAACGGACCCCGGCACUAUCAAGUACUUAUCAACCAACAUGGCUUCCCCUAUGAUGCUUGCCAGGACCGCCCUCCGGCCCCAGGCCCGGCGUAUGACAAAUUCGACACAAUGGGUACGGAGUAUUGGCAGAAGAUUCAGGCCCGAGCCGGAACCUCAGCCCGAGAAAUCGAAUGUCGGCCUCCGCAUCCUUACCGCUGUCCUUGUGGGCGGCGUUGCUGCCGGUGCCGCCAUGGCCGCGUAUCCUAUGCUCACCAAGAAGGAGCUCGUCGGACCGGAGAAGGUUGAGAUCGUCUUUGAGACGCCCCGGAAACACAUCUCCGCCGAGGAGGACCGCGACCAGAUGAGCCCCCAGCACGUCCAGGUCAAGCGGAGCUGGGAACAUCCCGGUGUUUACGCAUGGGGUUCUAAUGCCGGUAAGGUCGUUGCCCCGGACUCCGACGAGCCUGUCAUCAAGACCCCAAGGCGCAUUCACUACUUUGAUGAUCAGAUCCUGCGCGAUCUCAAGCUGGACCGCAACUUUGGCGCCGCCAUCGAUGAGAAGGGAAACCUGGUCCAGUGGGGUAUCGCCUUCGACAAGGACCACUAUACCCCGACUGUCACCUUGAAGGGCAAGGACCUGGUCAAGCUGGACAUCUCCCGCGACCAUAUCAUUGGUCUUGCCUCCAACGGAGAAGUAUACUCUAUCCCGGUGGCCGCCGCCGAUCAAAGAUCUGGCCAGAAAGAGGCCAACUCUUCCUCCCUCUGGUCCAGCCAGUCAGCCAUCAACUUCCGUUCCCUCACGCCCAAGAACCUGAAAUGGGGUGAAAAGAUUGUUGAUGUCCGCAGCGGCUUGGAUCACUGCCUGAUGCUGACCUCCAAGGGCCGUGUCUUCUCUGCAGCCUCCAGCUCUGAGGAAUUCCCUUCCAAGGGUCAACUUGGCUGCCCCGGCCUGACAUGGACCAACCGCCCGGCGGGACCUUACGACCAGCCUCACGAAGUAACCGGUCUAAGCGGUUCCAACAUCAAGGAGAUCGCCGCCGGCGACUUCCACUCGCUCGCCCUCGACACCGAGGGCCGCAUUUUCGCCUUUGGCGACAACUCCUUCGGCCAGCUCGGCUUCGAGAACGACACCGAGCACCCUUACGUCGACUCGCCCCGCCCCUUGCCCAUCAACCAGCUCUACCACGGCACCAGCCUUCGGCCCAAGGCGACCUCCAUCGCCGCCGGCGGCCUCAACAGCUUCUUCACCGUCGACGCGCGCGCCUUCCAAGGUCAGAUCGGCGACAAAAGCCAGAUCGUGCCCGCCAAGGACCUCGGCCGCGUCAACGUCGAGACCUGGGCCUGCGGCGAAGGCAUCCACGGCGCCCUGGGCACCGGCAAGUGGACGCACGUCUCGGUUUGCCCGACCAAGGUCAAGGCGCUCUCGAACCUGUUCGAGUUCGACGAGGCCACGAACCAAGUCGUGCCCAUCCGCCUGUCCCGCAUGUCGGUCGGCAGCGACCACGCGUGCGCCGUCAUGGAUAAUGUCACCUGCGUCGACAGCGCUGCCAACGGGAACGCCAAGUCGGAGACGGACACCAACUUUGGCGCUGACGUGCUGUGGUGGGGUGGGAACGAGCAUUACCAGCUUGGUACCGGAAAGAGAAAUAACGUUAACACGCCUUCUUAUAUCGCACCGCUGGAUACGCCUGCUCAUCGUGGACAUGGGCACGGGCAUGAGAACCGGCUGGUGCAGAGGGAGGGAGAAUCUAAUCGCUUUCAGUUGACGCCGAGGAAGACGGUCAAACUGGAUGGUGGGAAGGGAAGAUCGGUUAGUGUUGAGCAGCGCGCGGAGUGCGGACGGGACGUUAGUGCUGUUUACUCUGCUGCUUGAGGCAGGUAAGUGGAAAUGGGUGUGGCGAGUGUAUGAUAGGUACGGGCAGUUUCGGC